AUGGAAGUUUUCAAUAUAGCUCUUCUUGGCAAGCAAGCAUGGCGCCUCAUCCAAGAACCGAAUUCUCUGUUUGCCAGAGUAAUGAAAGGCAAGUACUACCCACAUUCUUCUUAUCUGGACUCAUCUCUAGGUCUUGUUGGAAGUAGAUUCAUUUCAUCUCCGAGGUCUGAAAGUGUGUCCCUAGUUCGUGAUCUUAUCAAACCGAAUAGUUUUGAAUGGGAUGACGAACUACUGUCCAGCAUAUUCAAUGAAAAAGACUGUAGCAGCAUACUUGCUAUACCAUUAAGCUUUAGAAGCCCAAGUGAUUGCUUAACAUGGGCCUUCACGAAAGAUGGCAAGUACUCGGUCAAAUCAGCAUAUCUUUUGGGGAAAUCUUGCAAUUUGGAUGAUUUCCAUAAGGUGUGGGUCGAAAUAUGGAGUAUGGACACAACCCCAAAAAUCAGACAUUUUUUAUGGCGACUUGGCACUAGAACUCUGCCUGUUCGUGAGCUUCUCAAGCGGAGGCAUAUGAGUGAAGAUGAUAGAUUUUCGUGGUGUAACCAAACCGAGUCUGUAAACAUGCCUUGUUUGAGUGCAACGCUGAAUGAUAAAGUUUUUAACAACAAGGAAGUGCCGCACCAUGUUGUUCUUGAUAGAGCGCUCAGACUUGUUGAGGAUCACCGGAGCUAUACGAAGAAAAUAUAUGGUCAUUUGCCUAAGCCGAGAGAGAAGAGCUGCAAAAUAUGGAAGGCUCCUUCGGGUUCGCUUGUCAAAAUAAAUUGUGAUGCAGCGAUUAUCGAAGGGGGUAGGAUUGGCAUGGAAGCAGUGGCUAGAGAUGCUCAAGGGAAGGUUAUCUUUGCCGAUGAUAACGGUGAAACUUCACUAAUUUCAGCCAAGACAAGAGUCGAGGAGCUGAAUUUCAAUAACAGGUCGUUGAGGUAUAAUUUGUUUGACGGAUAUGUCAUGCAAAACUACUACAAUUCCUUCAAGCCCAAGAUGGAAGUCACCCCAAACGGCGAGGGCUGCAUUAUGAAGUGGAGCAUUGAAUAUGAGAAGAUGAACGAGGAUUCUACUGAACCAAAAAUGCACGUUGCUUUAUCACGCGAGCUUGAAAAAGAAAUCGAUGCUCAUCUUUGCAGCGCUUGA